AUGGCGCGGGUGCUGGAGCCUCGGUGGCUGGCGCAGGAAGCGGAGGCUCUGGCGGGCGCUGUGCGCGGCGCCCUGGGGCCGCGGGGCGGGCGGGCGCUCCUGGUGCGGGCCACCGGGGAGGCGGUGCUCACACGGGACGGGCGGCGCCUCCUUGAGGCGCUCAGCCUGGAGCCGCCGACGGCCAGGAUGAUGGUGGCGUGUGCCUGCAGCUGCCGGGCCGCGACGGGGGACGGCGCUAAGACGUUCGUUAUAUUGCUGGCCGGCGUGCUGCGAGGCCUGUGUGCGGCGGGCGGCGGCCUGCGGCGGGCGCUGCAGGCCUUCGAGGGACAGGUGCUGGAGCGGGCCAUGGCGCUGGGCGUGCGGCGGCACCUCCUGACGGCGCUGGCAGGGCGGCAGGAGGAGGCUGAGCCGGCCGGCCUGGAGGCGCUGCUGGAGGCCUACCUGGCCGGCCGGCUGGGGCCGGGCGAGCGGCGGCGCCUGGCGCGGCUUUGCUCCGAGUACUGUUGCCGCUGCGCCCCGGCCGCCGCCACCCGCCUGCAGGCGCUGCGCCUCCUCGGCCGUCGGUUCGCGGAGCUGCACGCCACCGUGGCCGGCCUCCCCGUGUCGAGCUCUAGGGUCCUGCCCGGGCUCGUACUCCGCAGGGACUUCGCGACUUACUGCUCGGCAGGAGGGGAGCUGCGGGCCCUGCUCGUCACCGAGCCCCUCCGACCCGCCCUCUCGGCCCCCGGGGCUGAGUUUGUUGUCGACUCCGAGGGUCAGUAUCACGCUUCCGUUCAGUGGAUCGCAAGGAGGACAGAAGCCUUAAUGAAACACUUGAAGAGCAACAACAUUAAGCUGUUACUGUCGAGUGUGAAGCAGGAGGAAGUAGUUAUUUACUAUGCGAAAUUAUACGGUAUAUCUGUGGUAGAGUGUUUAUCAUCGGAAGAAAUGGCCCUUAUUUGUGAAAUUACAGGAGUAUCGCCUUGUGCACCUUUUGGUGAUAACAUGUGCGGAGAAAUCACGGAAACCGCAGUGGCAACAUUUUGCCAGCCCUUGCUGCUCGGCUCAAAGAGAUGCGUUCACAUUGGCUUUACCAGUAUGUGCACCUUUCAGCCCCAUUGCCUCAUUCUUUGUGGGCCAGUCGAUAGUGUUAAUGAGCAACACGCUGCAGCUUUUCAAGAGGCAUUUAUAAUGCUGCAGCAGCUAUUUAAAAAAGUUGAACAGAGGGAGGAAUACAAAGCAGAAGGUGAAAGUCAGAGUGAAGCCUCAGGUGUUUGCAGUUGGCAUUUUUCAGCUACUCAGAUGCAACUUGCAAUAGAAAAUAAUUGUUGUAACAGUACUCAGGUUUCCGAAUGUCAAUCAAAAGCACAUAGGGAUGAAGCAGAGACACAGACUGUAGACCCAGAUUCGCAGGUAUGUAAUAAUCCAGCAUGUGUGCAAACAGACUUGCAAAUGCCCUCAAAUCCCAUCUUGCACAUCGAGGAAUUACGUGGUGCCAGUGAAGGAGAUGGCUCUUCACGAGGUGUACAGAAACCACAUGCAAAAUGUGAGCAUUUGGGUGCCAUGCAUGAGAACUAUAAAAAUGGUUCACUUGUGGACAGUCAAAAGCACCAGAGCACUGCUGUAUUAGCAUGUAAUGCUAAUGCAGACACUGCAUGUGAAAGCCUGGAUGUUGGCAAAGACCUGGAGAAAAACAGUGGCAAUGUAGUCACAUUAAAACAUGGAAAGAGUUGUGUAAGUACUGCACAGAAUUAUUCUGGCUCCCUCAUAAAAGCAGGAUCAGUUUUGCCAGUAGGAGGUUACUUUGAAGUCCUGUUACAUUAUUAUAUUCAGUACUAUGCAAAACAGUUUCAGCAGUCAGAGGUAGCUGUUGUGUCUAAUAUAGUUGCUGAUGCUCUGCUAAGUAUUCCCAAGUCCUUGUACGGGACAACAGAAGGAAACAGCUUUAACAAAUUCUAUUUUGGAGCCAUAAAUGCACUCAGAAAAAAUGAACCACUGCCUAUGAAUGGGAAAGGCUUAGAAUCAGUGUAUUGCAAAUACCACUUAGUCAUCUCAGUUCUUCAUUGUGUUACAGAGCUGCUCUCCAUAGAUUUAAUAAUUGGUGUUAAGCGGCCACUGCAAAAAGCUGAGGAUUAUGACUCAGAGAAUGACUUCUGAAAUCUCUUAAUAAAGAAUGUUUUCCAUUA